GGCCUGCCCGAAUACUUAGAACAGCUAUGGAAUGAACAUUAAGGAGCAUCGCACAGUAUCCAUACUCAAGUAUCCUUUUCACGAACAAACAAAAUGCUAAGAACUGUUGGCACAACAAUAGCCUGCAGUUUAAUCAUUAUGCUGGUGCUUCAUACAACCCCCGUCAGAUGUAAACGAAGAGAAAUGAUUGCCGGCCGACUGGAAAAUGUCACUCAGACCAUAACAAAAAUACUGAAGGGCUAUGACAUUCGACUAAGACCGAACUUUGGUGGAGAGCCCCUUCACGUGGGAAUGGAUCUGACAAUAGCAAGUUUCGAUGCAAUUUCAGAAGUCAACAUGGACUAUACAAUUACCAUGUAUCUGAAUCAGUAUUGGCGCGAUGAGCGGUUGGCAUUCAAUGCCUAUGGUCCCUACUAUGAUGACGAUGCGGAUGAUGAUGGUGUCAACGAUGUGCUAACACUCUCAGGCGAUUUUGCAGAGAAAAUUUGGGUGCCGGAUACAUUUUUUGCCAAUGAUAAAAAUAGCUUUUUACACGAUGUUACCGAACGCAAUAAACUGGUACGAUUGGGUGGAGAUGGAUCCGUUACCUAUGGCAUGCGAUUUACAACAACACUAGCCUGCAUGAUGGAUUUGCACUAUUAUCCCCUGGAUUCACAAAACUGCACCGUAGAAAUUGAAAGCUAUGGUUACACUGUCAGCGAUGUCGUCAUGUAUUGGAAGCCAACACCAGUGCGCGGUGUAGAGGAUGCCCAACUGCCACAAUUUACAAUAAUCGGCUAUGAGACAAACGAUCGCAAAGAACGCCUUGCCACUGGGGUGUACCAACGUCUGUCGCUAUCCUUUAAGCUGCAGCGCAACAUCGGCUACUUCAUCUUCCAAACAUACCUGCCAAGCAUUUUGAUUGUAAUGCUCUCUUGGGUUUCAUUUUGGAUAAAUCACGAGGCAACUAGUGCUCGUGUGGCGCUAGGCAUUACCACUGUCCUUACUAUGACUACCAUAAGUACGGGAGUUCGCAGUUCCUUACCGAGGAUAUCAUAUGUCAAAGCCAUAGAUAUUUAUCUGGUCAUGUGUUUUGUGUUCGUAUUUGCUGCCCUACUGGAAUAUGCGGCCGUCAAUUAUACGUAUUGGGGUAAACGAGCUAAAAAGAAAGUGAAACGUGGUAAAGAUGGUGAUAGUAAAAAAUCAGGGAAACCUGACAAAUCUGAGACCUGUUCGACUGCCGAGGAUAUCAUCGAGUUACAAGAUGUUCGCAUGAGUCCCAUACCAUCACUGCGCAAGGGUAACUAUAACAGCACACUAAAUUCUCUGGGUGCAGAAACAUUGGAUUUGGCCAAAUUUCCACCGAGUUUUCGAAUUGCACGCAACUAUGGAACCACAAGUCGUUCAAAUCUUAGAUACCGGGGCCAGAGAGGCAAUAAACCUCGUGUAAUACAUGCCCUGAAAAAGGGCGCAUCUGCCAUUAAAGCCACCAUUCCCAAAAUCAAGGAUGUCAACAUCAUCGAUAAAUAUUCACGCAUGGUUUUCCCCGUUAGCUUUAUGGCCUUCAACCUCGGCUAUUGGCUUUUUUACAUUUUGGAAUGAUAGUACAUCCAAACACUUCACACUUCCAAGUAGAGGCCAUGAUACCCCUUCUUCUGUAGUGUGUAGUGUUGGUACCGCUGCCGCAAAAAAAAAAAACA